CCUUUCCCAACCCACCCAGAGCCGAGCCCGCCUUGCCUCGUUCUUUUUACGGCUAUUUGAACCGCCGCGCUUCCGCCAUCUUCUUCCUCAGCCGCCCGCCCAGUUUAAACACACACACACACACACGGGAAGAAAGAAAGAAAGAAAGAAAGAAAGCAGAGGAGGAGGCGGAAGCAGGAGAGGAAGAGCGGAGAGACGCAUCGAGAAGUAGACGCAGCAGCAUGGCCGCCCCGCAAGGAGAACCUCAAGUGCAGUUUAAGCUUGUUUUGGUUGGUGACGGUGGUACUGGUAAAACAACAUUUGUAAAACGUCACUUGACUGGUGAAUUUGAGAAGAAGUAUGUAGCUACUCUGGGUGUUGAAGUUCAUCCUCUGGUGUUCCACACUAACAGAGGUCCUAUUAAAUUUAAUGUAUGGGACACAGCUGGACAGGAGAAAUUUGGAGGUCUGCGAGAUGGCUACUACAUCCAAGCUCAAUGUGCCAUCAUAAUGUUUGAUGUAACAUCAAGAGUUACAUACAAGAACGUACCCAACUGGCAUAGAGAUCUGGUACGGGUGUGUGAGAACAUCCCCAUAGUUUUGUGUGGCAACAAAGUGGAUAUCAAGGACAGGAAAGUCAAAGCAAAGUCAAUUGUCUUCCACAGGAAGAAGAACCUGCAGUACUACGAUAUUUCAGCCAAGAGUAACUAUAAUUUUGAGAAACCCUUUCUUUGGCUGGCAAGAAAGCUAAUUGGAGAUCCCAACUUGGAAUUCGUUGCCAUGCCUGCUCUUGCACCACCAGAGGUCGUUAUGGAUCCAGCAUUGGCAGCACAGUAUGAGCAAGAUUUACAGAUUGCUCAGACCACUGCACUGCCAGAUGAAGAUGAUGACCUGUGAGGGAGUGAAGCUGGAGCCCAGCGUCAGAAGUCUAGUUUUAUAGGCAACUGUCCUGUGAUGUCAGUGGUGCAGCGUGUUUGCCACUUUAUUAUUCUAGCUGAGCAGAACAUGUGCUUUAAUCUUUGAAAUGCUGAAAGAGAGAAUGGGCUUUGGAGUGAAUGUGGCAGUUAAAAAAAAAUUCCUUCAUUUUGGACCUGCAUAUUUAGCUGUUUUGGACUGCAAUUUACUCCCCAUUUUGAGUUUCGAAUCUGACUGCUGCAGUCGCAUCACAGUAUUCAGUGGUAAAUCUUGUUUGUUACUGUCAUUCCCAUUCCUUUUUCUUUAGACCAUAAUAAAGUUGUAUUUCAAAUAUCCAA